UAAUUUUUUAUACAAAGUUAACAAAAUGUUUUUUUUUUUUUGGUCGUGUUUUUUACACACAAAUCAUUUUGGUUCGUGUUAAGGUCCUUCUAAAAUUAAUUUGCUCAGUUUAAUCAUUCCCCUGUUUACGACUUACGUUGUUGUUCGGUGUACGGUCAUACGUUUACAAUCGAAGUGUAUUUGAUCCAAAAUGGAUAGUGGAAAAGAAACGUAUAUUGCGUAUGAAAAUCGUCUCAAUGAAAAUUCAGGAUAUGAUGUUUGUGGAUUUUACUGUUCGACGUCUAAUGAUCAGCAGACUAGAAUUAAACUCCCUAAACACAAAGAGUUUGCCGAUUAUAACACUCGUUUAAAGACUUUUGAAAACUAUCCAAAAAAAUUGGAAUCAAAAAUAUCAAGACUUUGUGAUGCUGGAUUUUUAUACAUAGGUAAUGGACAAAAUGAUCAAAUGUUAUGUUAUUGCUGCAGUCAAGGUUUGAAAGAUUGGGAUGAUGAAGACGACCUAUGGGUAGAACACGUACGUUGGUCUCCUAGCUUUACUCAUGUAUUANGGUCUCCUAGCUGUACUCAUAAAAUGGAACAAUUAAAACAAAAAAUGAAUAAUCAAGCCAAAGGCAUGGAGUACAUUAAAAUGUCUGUCUUGGUUGAGAAUCAUGCCUAUAGAGUUGAUUCAAUGAAAAAUUUGACGACAAGAAACGGUGUUGUGGUGGUGGCAUGGUUGCCCGACAACCGACAAGUUUUUGUUCCAAGAAUACAGUUGACGGACGAUGAAAUUAAAACGUACAACGACGGCGACACCAAAAUGUCACUUUGUUACAGAGGAAGAACGGGAAAUGCUUAUUCAUUUGAUUUUCGAUAA